GCCAUCAUCACAUUCGCACGUCGGUUCAGCAGCAUGGACGAGGUCUGUGGAGGUUGUGGCGCCGCGCUUCCGUCGGGUUGCCGCUUCUGCAUGCACUGCGGCGCGCCUCAUCACACCAAGAACACCUGUGCUUGCGGCCAUGACGUCACCAACAUGAAGUUCUGUGCUGGCUGCGGCGAACCGACCCGAGCGACGCCGGCGCGGUCCGGCCCGCCCCACGCAGCAAGAAAAGGCAAUUUGCGGCUCAAGGCGCAGGAGCUUGCGGCCAAGAAACGGGCGGCGGCCGAGGCCCGCUUUGCCCAAGCCUACGGCAGCAUGCCGCACCCCACAGCCUCCCCUACAGUACCAUCGCAUCACACUGUGGCAUUGUUAGCGCCAAAGGUCCAUGCGCCAACGACGAUCGCAGGUCCGCCACAUGCUGCGCAGCCAGCACCCCGUGCUUCAAGUUACGUUCCGCCACCUCCACCGACUACGUAUUCUCGGCCAACAACGGCAGCCGCUUCCACUUACGCCCGGCCAAAGAGUGCACCCGUGUCCCAGCCGACGCCAUCCUCCGCACCCGCCUACCGCCCGGUGCUCGCACAGUCGUCGCCGGGCUCCUCGUUUCGACCGCACGUAUCUCCGCCGCGGUCGUCGCCGUUCCCAGUGCAGCAAGUGUUGCCACCGGCGGCAACCUCGAUGACAACACACAACAAGACGAGCGGUAUGAACGCCAACCUCUUUCCGAUGGCGACGUCGAUCGCAACGUCCAUGGCACCACCCGUCCUACCUGCUGCAUCGUCGUCCACUGCGUCGGCGAACCAGCGCUUUGGGCCCCAAGGCUUUGUCCCACCCCGCUUCCUUCCGCCAGAAGAAGGCCAAAACCACGUCUACUCGGUGACGCAGACUGUCACGCGGUCCGUGACCUACACGCAGUGA